UGCGUCAGAGCGCGCAGCCUCGUGCCUCGUUACUUAACAGUGCCGGAGCCGGUGUUCCAGCAGCGCGCGGAUUACUGCAGCAGACAGAGCUACACUAAAUCACAGCCAAGAUGUCUAUUGCUGAGUUUGAUGAGUAUGAAGAGUCCAAGCUGCUCCGGAAAGCCAAGGAGAAUCCAUUCGUUCCUAUUGGAAUGGCUGGGUUCUUCGGGAUCGUGGCCUACAGACUCUUAAAGCUGAAGAACAGAGGAAACACCAAGAUGUCUGUUCAUCUGAUCCACAUGCGAGUGGCAGCGCAGGGAUUCGUGGUGGGAGCGAUGACUUUAGGCGUGGUGUACUCCAUGUAUAGGGACUACGUGUUGAAGCCAGCGGCGGCGCAGAAAGCCCUGGAGCAGAAAGCUCUGGAAAACAAGUGAAGAGCGGCGGAGGAAUUUAGUGUAGUUAUAUUUUUAUGGACCCUCGUAUCUCUUCUUAGUACCUCAUAUUAAGAUUUUCUUCUUAUUUAUUCUGAACUUCGUUUUGGACUGACCUAUUUUACAAGUUGAGUGCGCCUGGUAUAUUUAGUUUUCUUUUCUUAAUCGAUUAAAAAAACCUCAAAACAGGACAAAAUCAUUACAGCUUAUAUUUAAAAGAGCAGCUUCUGUGUGACGUGGCUGACGCGUUGCAGUUUACACUGUGCUAAAAUAAUAUGUGUACAGAUGUCAGACAUGUCACACAUACACAUCCGGAUAACAUGCUCAGGUGGGGCUCCAGGUAGACUCGGGCUUAAGGUGGAUUAAACAUGUUUUUACUGGGAUUUAGUUGUGCUUCUCAUUUGUGCUCCAUCAUUACAGCAGACCUUAAUCCCAGGUGUGCUCCAGGAGCUCAUAGGCUUUAAGUGGAUUUGUACUCAUUACUAGGAGACAGGUGGACUUCCCAACUGAGAUCCAUCAUUACAGCCCUCAAAUAAGGCCCAUCACUGGCCUCCAUGUGUGAAAUAUGUAUAAAAAGGGGUUGGACAAUGAAACUGAAACACCUGGUUUUAGAGCACACUGUGGUGACGGACAGUUCGGGUGGAAACAGGAGAGUUGAGGUGCACACUGAAUUCUGCGUGAUUUGUUCAGCCGUGGUUUUAUGUUUUUUGGAUACAAUCCGGGUUAGCACCCGAACAUCCCUUUCAGACAGCUUCCUCUUACAGCGUCCACAGUUAAUCCUGUUGGAUGUGGUUGGUCCUUCUUGGUGGUAUGCUGACAUUACCCUGGAUACCGUGGCUCUUGAUGCAUCACAAAGACUUGCUGUCUUGGUCACAGAUGCUCCAGCAAGACGUGCACCAACAAUUUGUCCUCUUUUGAACUCUGGUAUGUUCCCCAUAAUGUUGUGUGCAUUGUAAUAUUUAGAGCAGAACUGUGCUCUUACCCUGCUAAUUGAACCUUCACACUCUGCUCUUACUGGUGCAAUGUGCAAUUAAUGAAGAUUGAACACCAGGCUGCUUCAAUUUAGCCAUGAAACCUAAAAUCCCAAACUAAAAUGAUGACAGGUGUUUCAGUUUCAUUGUCCAACCCCUGUAUUAACCCCCACAUGGGCAUGAUAUCUGUGCACUCUUCCUCUUCCUCAGUGUCUGUAGGACCAUUCCAGAGCUCUUUCACACUGCUUUGUACGAGGCAUCGGGUACAAAACAUCAUAUUCUGUGUUAAUAUUGUAUAGCUAAUGCUGUUGUAUAUUUGCAAGGAGGUUCUCUGAGGUUUUCAGUCUUUUUCUUUUGGAAAUUGUGUUUUCCUUUAUCUGUUCGGCUUCCCUGUCCGUAUUUUUGUGUGCCAUUUGUGUGCUAAGGAGCAGCAGCACAGCAGAAAACACUGCUGUUUUUAAAUACCUCUGCAUUUCCACUCCACUGUACUGUACUCUACUAUAUUGUACUGUAUUGUGAUAAAAUGUAAAACUCAUUCCUGCCAGGUAGAGAAGGAAAAAAAAAAAUUUGACUUGAUUUUCUCAAAACUGCUUUUGGUCUGUAAAUUAUGUCAAAAUAAUUAGAAUGACCUGAAAUAAUGCUAUCUAUCUAUAUCUUUUUGCUAUUUGCAGACAGUUUAAGCCGCAUAAACUUUACUUUAGCAUGUAUUAAAGCACUAGUUUAUAAUUGUUAAGUAAAUAUAAACACAGUGCAAAUUUAUACAAAUUUAGAAUUUGUCAUUCUGAAACAAUUCCAUGGCGAGAACUUUUCAAAAGUUUAAAGUUUUGUAUGAAUAUUGUUAGUAUUUAUUCUAAUAUUAAUGCUUUACUGAUAAAACAAACAUUACUGCCCAGAAAAGGAGAUUUAGCCAAGACUUUGCAUUGUUUAUACAUAUUUGAGUCAUUGUUAUGUAAAAUAAGUCUUCUUUUGGGCAGUUUAAACAGUUUUAUCUAUAGAACAGUCCCUAACCGCACUGCCUGACCGGAAUGAGUCUCAUUUAUUUUUUUUAAAUAAGUUUUUAUUAGUAUUAGUUUUAAAGUAAAGUUAACAGAUAAAAGAAGGCUUUGUAUCUAAAACGUGCUACAGGAGUGAGCUGUGGAAUCCCAGAAUGGUGCAUCCUUUGCUCUAUUUAAGAGAGUUCUUUUCUUAAAUAUGUAUUUAUUUAUGAGCUACUGUCCUGGAGAGCUUGUUUUUAACACAGCUGACUCUAAUAAAUGAGGUAGAUCGUCAGGACCAGGACGGGGCACCCUGUUCUUAAAGUCCAGCUCUUCUAGCACUUUUCCAGAAGGAAAUUACAAAAUAAGGGCGUUUUCACAUCUGUAGUUACUUCGCACUGGUUUAAACCAGUUAACGAAAUUGUAAACCUGCCCUUUUUUUAUAUUUUCCUCUACAUUUGGUUCAGUUUGGUUUGGUUUCACACAGAGAAAAAUCCAAUUGUACCGAAAACCAUGUAAGAACCUUUUCUCUGCUUAUUGGUCAGACUUGUCUGGGGGUGAAUCUAUAAAGUAAAUACAGAAAAAAGAUUCUGUGUUCUUUACUAGUGCCUAUUUCUGUACUGUUCAUCGUAGAGCAAUGGCAGAGGUGGCAUUAGUUUUUAGCUAUAGUAAUUAUCUCAGUAAUAUACCAACCUGAAGAAACAUAAUGCCCAUAACGCCCUAAUUUUUAUUUUCCAUAAUCUCAAAGGGCAUUGGCUCUUAUUUUAAUUAGUUUAAUCAGUAUUUCAGCUGUAUUUUAGUAGAGCUGUAUUAUGAUGUUUCCUAAUUAUUUCUUCUUUUAUUCAUUUCAUAUCAAAAUAAUGAUGCAUAUUCAUCAUGUGACCCAGCCCCCAAUAUAUACGUAUGCCUUAACAGACCACCUCUAAUGCUGCAGUGGCAUUUCUACAACAUUUAUGCAAUAGACAAUAGGAAGAGUUACUGUAUUAUUUGCUUUAAUAGAAUAGACAAUAAAAAAAAAAAACACCAGCAGAACAGUUAUGAGCAUCAGCAGUAGCUCUCAGUACCAAUAACUCAACUCUUUACUCUGUGUUUGAACGUGUAAGAGAGUGUGUGUGUGAGUGAGUGAGUGAGUGAGUGAGUGUGUGUGCGAGAGUGCAUAUGGUUUGGGCUACGUAUUUAAAAUGAUUAUUUUUGCACAUUUGCAAAAAAAGAAAAACGUUUGCACCUUUUUGUUUUAUUUCUUUCUUUUUUGAAACUUUCUUUUGUGAGUUUAUUAAAAUGUAUUUUAUUAAAACUAUUUAGCAGGUAUUUUAGUGAACACAGGGUAAAACACAUUGUAAAUACCUUUGCCAAUAAAAUAGGACUGACAAACUGUA